AGAAGCUGCCCGGAAUAAAAGGACAGGAGUUUCAAAGCAAACUGUAUUGCUUUCUGAUUGUUCCAGUCUGAAUGAGCCAGCCGGCAAUGCAGUGCCUCCAAGCCUUCAUCUGUGGAACAGACAACACCUACCUGUGGCAACAGACAAGUGACGUAUAGCAAGGGCUGUGAACUCCAUGUUCACUUCCAUUAUUAUCAGGGGACCAACAGAGCUUACUCAUAAAUGACAGAGAAUGGAAGAGCACUAGAGAAGAGGGAUGGGCUGAACAACGUGUUCUCAGACGUGCUCAGCUCAAGAAUUUGUUCCUUGGUUUUCAGAAAACAUAGAAAACCACAAGUCACAACAUUAGCUCAGGUUACCUCCAAUAGGACAGAAAGUCCAAACACCAAGAGAAGAUGCAAACGGUAAGGUAGGCUGUUCAGGGUCACCUGCGCUUGCUGGAAAAUACAGGGUGCUAUUAUGUACCUGCAACCCACGAACUGGAAUGAAUGGCUGAACUGACCCGAGCUAUUUACUGCAAGAUGGGCAGCUUCGUUUUGGGCUAAUGAUCACCAAUUUCCAAACUGAUAGAUGGUGGUUAGACAGUGUCUGUGUUGGCUAAUAUCGACCAUCAAAUGAACCAGAUCUCAAAUCAGUGAAGAGAUACAAUGUAACCUGCCACAUCAAGUUCUUGUUAUCUUGGCUUCCCUUCCACAAUGGAGUAUACCAUCAAGGUCUCUGCCCAAAUGUGACCUCUCUGGCGUCUGUUCCACCUGUCCUGAAACUUGCCCAUCACUGUGCAUAUCUUAUUCUUCAUCCUGUAUACAUUGUCCCCUCAGUGGAGUUCGUGUGGGGAUUCUGAGCCUGCCAUUCAUUGUUUGGCCUCCGAAGUGGUUUAUCCUUGAAGUCUGGGUGACUAGCUCUAUGACUGUGGCAUUCUGGAUUCCACAUGAGGUCUCUAACAUUCAACAUACAAAACUGUGGGAGACAGCUCACAUCUACACUACAGCAGUGAAGGGAAGAAAGCCAUUUCUGAUGAGUGGCCCUGAGCUUUGCUUUGCAGGUUUUGAGUCACGAACAGUCACGAAGCCCACAGACACACCACACGGCUCUUCAGUGAGGAGGAGCAUACGCUGGGUGCUUAUGUCCAGCCAUCUCUUCUGACUUGGUAGCCCUUGGGUAAAGCAGCUUUCAGUGAAUUAAAGCAGCUCACAAUCCAACUCAGGACACAGAGGCACCCCAGCUGAAGAUUCUACCACCGGCAAGCCUGUGAACUUGACAUUACAGCGUCUGCUUUGACUUGCACAACCAGGGGACCACAUUCUUCUCCAAGUCACUAAAUGCCGGUGUGUAUUCUGUACUCCAGCAAGAGAAGAAGGGAGGAGCUUCUUGGAUGACAAUGGAUGUUGCACUGUGCAGGAUGAGGGCAGAGUGUGUGACAUCACCACCACGAGGGUUCAGCGUGAUCUUCUGUGUCUCACUUCCCAGCCAGCAUUCUGCCUUCUCAAUCCAUCAUGGUGUUUGGUGAGUUUUUCCAUCGCCCUGGACAAGACGAGGAACUUGUCAACUUGAAUGUGGGGGGCUUUAAGCAGUCUGUGGACCAGAGUACGCUCCUGCGGUUCCCUCACACAAGACUAGGGAAGCUGCUCACCUGCCACUCCGAAGAGGCCAUUCUGGAGUUGUGUGAUGACUACAGCGUGGCGGAUAAAGAGUACUACUUUGAUCGGAACCCCUCCCUCUUCCGAUACGUCCUGAACUUUUAUUACACAGGGAAGCUGCACGUCAUGGAGGAACUAUGUGUGUUCUCCUUCUGCCAGGAGAUCGAGUACUGGGGCAUCAAUGAGCUCUUCAUCGACUCCUGCUGCAGUGGUCGGUACCAGGAGCGCAAGGAGGAGAGCCACGAGAAGGACUGGGACCAGAAGAGCAAUGAUGUGAGCACAGACUCUUCCUUUGAGGAAUCCUCUCUGUUUGAGAAAGAGCUGGAAAAGUUUGAUGAGCUGAGAUUCGGUCAGCUCCGAAAGAAAAUCUGGAUUCGAAUGGAGAACCCAGCUUAUUGCCUGUCAGCCAAGCUCAUCGCCAUUUCCUCCUUGAGCGUGGUGCUGGCCUCCAUCGUGGCCAUGUGUGUGCACAGCAUGUUGGAAUUCCAGAACGAGGAUGGAGAAGUGGAUGACCCUGUGCUGGAAGGUGUGGAGAUUGCGUGCAUUGCCUGGUUCACCGGCGAGCUGGCCAUCCGCCUGGUUGCUGCUCCCUCACAAAAGAAGUUCUGGAAAAACCCUCUGAACAUCAUUGACUUUGUCUCCAUCAUUCCCUUCUAUGCCACGCUGGCUGUGGACACCAAGGAAGAAGAGAGUGAGGACAUUGAGAAUAUGGGCAAGGUGGUCCAGAUCCUUCGGCUCAUGAGGAUUUUCCGAAUUCUGAAGCUUGCCCGGCACUCUGUAGGCCUUCGGUCUCUUGGGGCCACACUGAGGCACAGUUACCAUGAAGUGGGGCUGCUGCUUCUCUUCCUUUCUGUGGGUAUCUCCAUCUUCUCUGUGCUUAUCUACUCUGUGGAGAAAGAUGAACUCGCCUCCAGUCUCACUAGCAUCCCCAUCUGCUGGUGGUGGGCCACUAUUAGUAUGACCACCGUGGGCUACGGAGACACGCACCCGGUCACCUUAGCCGGGAAGAUCAUUGCAAGCACAUGCAUUAUCUGUGGUAUUUUGGUGGUAGCCCUUCCCAUCACCAUCAUCUUCAACAAGUUUUCCAAGUACUACCAGAAGCAGAAGGACAUGGACGUGGACCAGUGCAGUGAGGACCCACCAGAGAAGUGCCAUGAGCUCCCUUACUUUAACAUUAGGGAUGUUUACGCACAGCAGGUACAUGCCUUCAUUACCAGCCUGUCUUCCAUCGGCAUCGUGGUCAGUGACCCUGACUCCACAGAUGCUUCGAGCGUCGAGGACAAUGAGGAUGUUUACAACACUGCAUCCCUGGAGAACUGCACUGCAAAAUGAGCAGGGGGCAUUUGCACAGAUAUCUUGUGUCCCUUAACAUUAGGUUAACACAGCUUUAUAAACCUCAAUGGGUUUGUUCAAAGAAAUCAUUUAAUUCUCAGGGUGUACCUUUUAGCCAUAGUUGGACAUUCAUUGCUGAAUUCUGAAAUGAUAGAAUUAUCUUUAUUUUUUCAGUGAGGUCAAUUAAAUGCCUUGUCCUGAAAUUUAUUUUUUACAAGAGAGAGUUUUAAUAUGGUAUUCUGGGAAAAAAGUAAAUGAUAUCGGGAAGGAUUUAUUGCUCUGGCUUACGCAUCAUUCUGUAUUUGCCAUUCACUCACAUUGAGCUAACUAUAAAUUCCUGAUGAUCGAGCAGAGGCCCAGCUGACUGAAGAUGACAUGCAUGUGAGAGCUACAACAUGAGACAAUGCAUGUAAAUCCAUGUUCAUGUUUCAGACAUGGGAAUUAGGAGCCCAAUAAACUUCUAAUUCAGUAU